AUGGUCGAUCCAAAGGCCUAUACGGAAGUCGGUUUUGUCUGGGAUGAUUGGACAAGAACACAACCGGCAUUUGCCCAAGCCGGGUUGGAGGGCAAACGACGUCUUUCCAUCACAGACUCGUCCGUUGCCAAGAAUCCCGAGAACAGCUCAUCCUGGCACAAUGAAUCUCAGGCAGAUGCUGUUCCCCGCGCAGAAACUAUUGACGGCGAGACCUACAACGUCACGAAGAGCAUUCGGGGGGAGGAUGCCCUAGCUUGUAGACGCUGUCUCAAGUUGCUAGAACUCAUGCACAAAGACGAGAACGAAGGUAUCUACACUUUUGCAGGGGAAAUGGCUUUGCAAAGCGCAUACUCUCGGGUGGUGGAAGUCGUCCUCGCUGAUGCUAACCUUAAGUUGUUGCCACAACCUGCGGGAAUGCAUACAGAGAAGGACUGA